UUUUAGAUUUUUCGAGCACAGUAGAGUAGCCAAAAACCGCUAACAAUAAAUGGCCACAAUAUAAAAAUAGGAACGUGGAAAUUCAGAUAUUUCCUGACAAUAUCUCUACAACGUAGAACAGUAAUACCGUUAGUCCGCCUACAUCAUAAGGAAAUGGUCUUAAAUUAACACUAAAGGAUCCAGGCGGAGAUUUCAAUUAUUUUUCACAAUUUAACAAUCUGAGCUCUGACAAUUCCAAUUUUGAUCUCGAUGUAUUUUCGCCGCUUCUUUUGUAAUGCACCCGAGCCUUUCUCCAGCAAACAAGGGAGCCUUCCAAUUGGGUGAGACGAAGGGCAAUUUGGAUUCACGUGCUCGCGUCGACCUGCCGGUUUGGGGUUCGGGGUCACCACAUUAGUGACGUUCCCCAGCUCGUCCACGCCAUUGUUGUAAAAACGAGGGAUGGAUGCACCAGACCGAGUGGAGGAUGAGUUUGUGUGCCCCGAAGUUCUGAGGGGGUCUUUGGGCUCCCAGCGGGACACCGUGGAGAGGAUAUUCGGGGUGUCGCUCACCAUUGGCAACACGCCGAACGGCGCCAGCGAGCAGAUGUGGCUGCGACUGCGAGGGUCGGACAGGGACGUGAAAGCGGCAAAGAUGUUUGUGCGAGGUCUUGUGGACCAGGAGGAGAUGCAGGAGGUGUUUUAUCCCGCCGCCGUCAACUGCGUCUUUUGCGGUGCCAGAGGAUUCUUCCUGGACUGCCUGAUCAAGAGCACUUCAGCGCACAUUGCCGUGGUCUCUCCGGGAGUGCUUCUCAUAUCUGGUCUCGUCGAGCCCGUGGUCCGUGCCUAUUCCCUUGUCACAGACCUUUUGAAACGAUACGAGGGGGGGCAGGCUAGCUCUUCGGACACUGAUGAACGGGGUUCGGGGGAGUUGUGUUAUUCUCCCCGGGCCUUCAAAGCUCUGGUGGAGAAAUGGGAGGACCGCCACAUUCUGGAUCUCCUCGUAUUGCCGAGGUCCGUGAAGGAAGCCUUGCUGGAGUUAGUGAAGGAGUCGGGGCUUGUGUCUAACCUGACACCAGGAGAACUGGAAGUAGAAUCGCAUGAGAGUAGCCGCCCUGGGGUGACAUUGGGUGUUCCGAGUGGCCCAGGUAAUGACCGAAGUGAGGCUCCCGGGGAGGCAACAGAAGAGAAGCAGCCGGGGCAGGGUGCAAGGUCGCCUAGCAAGGAUGAGGAUGAGGUGCAGAAGCUGUCAGCAGCAAACACGGAGUUCUUGCUGAAAUUCUUCACAGCCAUGGGGUUUACAGAAGAGGUGGUGAAAUGGAUUCUUGCCCAAACGGGACCAAUAGAGGCCUCUCAGAUACUGGACCUGAUCCAGCAAGAGCAGGACUACAGUGACCGGGAACACCAGAGCAAGAGGAACCCUCCUUGCGAGAUGGAUGACGAGACGGUAGGAGGAGCUGCGGCGGCUGAGGUGGGCGCCCGUCACGCCGAUGUUGUGAGCUGCGCGCAAACCAAGGAGGAGGACGACUUUAUGCUGGGAGUGUUGAAGAAAGCUGCGGUGAGCUGCGGCUACACGGAGCACGACGUGGCGCAGGCUUGCAGCCUUUUGCCAGAUGGAUCCACCCACCUCCUGCUCCUAGAGCUGCAGAAGGAGGCGAGCGCCGGGAUGGAAGACUCGGGGAAGAAGGCUCAGAAACCUGCAGUGACGAAAGAUAAUGAGAGAAGUGGCCCAGUUGGGCCAGCAGGGAGGCCAGACUUAAGUGAUUCAGCAGAACCUGGUGCAAAUCCACAGUUGGUGUGUACGAAUGAAGCGCCACCGCCUCCACGUCCCGAUCAUACGAAAAGGCCACCGGGGCCAACAUUCGCUCACAUCUCGCGCCCGAAACCCCAAAGCCGGGUUUGCUCAAACGGAGCGCUCCAAGCUCAGCGCUCUCUCAUCAGAUUCGGAGAAAGCGGCAGUGCAUCCACCGUUCCCUCGGUGGUGGUGACGGGCAAGCAGCGCUUCCUGGAGGGUCUGCAGACGCCUUUUAAACUCCAGCUAAUGGACCGGCCAGGGAACCCCAAGCUGAGGACCGUCGUCAUAGACGGCAGCAACGUGGCCAUGAGUCACGGCCGGGGCCACUUCUUCUCGUGUCGAGGCAUCGCUUUGGCGGUUCAGCACUUUUGGGAGCGAGGUCAUCGCCACAUCAGCACCCUGUUGCCCCAGUGGCGCCAGAAGAGCGACCCCUGCAUCAGAGCACUUUCUAGGCGAGCUCCAGAAGCUGGGCCUCCUCUCAUUCACGCCCUCCAGGGAGGUCCUGGGCAACAGAAUCACCUCGUAUGACGACAGACUAAUGCUGCAACUGGCGCAAAAGACAGAUGGCGUGAUCGUGACCAAUGACAAUCUGAGGGACCUUUUGGAUGAGUCGGUCGAGUGGAGGGAGAUCAUCAAAAAGAGACUGCUUCAGUACACAUUUGUCGGCGAUC